AUGGUGGAGUUUGAGCAUUGGUCGCUCGCCUCGGCAUUGAUAGAGAGGUGGAGGUUUAAGUCCCACACAUUUCAUCUACCGUGCGGGGAGAUGAUCAUCAUCGUGCAGAACAUGGCAUAUCAGUUGGGACUCCGGAUUGAUAGUGAUCCUGUCAGUGGAUGCAUCGGUAGGUGGGAGCAGCACCACCAGGGACGGACCAUUGAGGAAUUGUGUAAGCAGAUAUUGGGUGUUGUUCCUAGCCCAAAGGACAGACAGUCACGGACUAAGUGGACUGUCAAGCUUACUUGGUUCCACAAUACAGUUUGUGAAGAGCUAGAGCAGGAUGCCACAGAGGAGUGGAUGAUGAGGUAUACGAGAGGAUAUAUCAUGCAGUUGAUCGGAGGUAUCCUCUUCCCUGAUGCAUCUGACUCUCGGGUGCAUAUCAGGUGGCUUCCCCUGCUGAAGAACCUUGAUGCAUGUGGCCGGUUGUCGUGGGGCUUUACUGUGCUGGCAUGGUGA